UCUCUCUGCGUACUGACGUGUCCCAGGGAGCCUGCAGUGCGAGAGGGUCAUUUGUCACAUUCCGUGCUCUCAUCUCGACACCACCUCCUGACUCUAGUUAUAUAUAUAUAUAUAUAUAUAAAAGAGAGAAACAGAACGGGAAACCUUCCUCGCUCCCCGCAGUAACGAGAUGGAAGGGAACGUGUACGGCGCAGCCAAGGCGGGCGGAGCGUUUGAUUUACAGAACUUGCUGCAACAGCCUCAUACGAUUACGCGGAUAGUAUGCUGGGUCUUCUCAAUAAUUGUGUUUGGCUGCAUCUCCAGUGAGGGUUACAUGAAUACGCUUCAUUCUUCAAACCUGAGAUGCGUCUUCAAUCACAAUGUGAAUGCCUGUCACUAUGGUGUGGGAAUUGGUGUGAUUGCUUUCCUCAUCUGCAUAGUCUUCUUUGCUCUUGAUGUCUAUUUUCCUCAGAUCAGCAAUGUUACCCAGCGGAAGCACAUCGUUAUGGCUGACAUUGGAAUUUCAGGUUCCUGGACGUUCUUGUGGUUUGUUGGCUUUUGUUUCCUCACCAAUCAGUGGGUGUCCACAACUGUCCUUCCAGUCAUAGGGGCAGAUAGUGCCCGGGCAGCCAUUGCCUUCUCCUUCUUCUCCAUUUUCAGCUGGGGGUUGCUGGUUUAUUUUGCCUUAAAGAGGUAUCGCAUGGGUGCAGAGGACUUCUCCGAGAAGUAUAUGGAUCCGACGAAUGAUUACCCACCGUACCCCAACGUUAGUGAAAAUUACCAGCAGCCGCCGUUUGGUAACACUGCCCGGUCGGACUCUGAUGAUUAUAAACCACCUACGUACUAAACCAAAACGAACGGUCCCUCCCACAGCUCCUGGAGUGUGAGGCAAACUGAACCAUGCAAUGGCAAGCAGGAAAGGACAUUGCUGCUACUAUAAUCAUUUUUCAAUGUCAGGGUGUGGCAUUUUACCUUUUCUCUUUCUUCCCCCCCCCCCGCCCAAAAUCAGGCCUUUCUGCCCUCUGUGAAGAGGGUCGGCAUGCUGCCAGCCUUCAUGCAACACCCACUGGCCACUAAAAACCUGUGUGCUCGCACUGCAAACAUGCUGAGUGACUUCCUCCCUCACCAUGAAGGGAAGUCUUUGCUCAACCUCUCUCGGCAGCUGCACAGCUGAAAGGGAGGGCCUGUUGUACGGUGUGACUCUUGAGACAAGACCUCGCCCUGCCUGUGUCUUCUCAAAGCUUGCCUUUCAACCUGAGAUUCCAUUCAUCCAGUAGCUGUUACAAGUAAGGACUUCCAGCAUCACCCAGUCACUCCCCCUUCAACCCUGGUCCACAAAUGUGCUAUUUGACUAUUUUCAUUUAUUUUGUUAAAAUGAUAAAUAAUCUAGAUGUGUUAGGACCCUUCUCUGACUUCACAGUUAUCACUAAUUAGACAACCAUUCUGGAUUGUAAUUGUCUGGCUUUAAGGUCAGUUUUCUAACAGAAUACAUAAUUUAUAAGCUCCCACUACAUUCUGUAUAUAUUGCAAAACUUAACUUUAAAUGUUGGGAUAGGGCUGCUCCCCUCCAUAAAGUUGGAAUGUUUCCAUUUGGAUUGCACAAGUUUGGAAACUCACUGGUCUGGAACACUGACACCAAGUUUGGGAAAGGCAUCUUCAGCAGCAUCAGCUCUUUAUAGCCUGAUUCACAUGCCAUCAGACACCAAAACCCUCCUCUUGAUGUAGUCUCACUUGCCUCAGACCAUUUUAACUUUGUGCACCCUUAACUUGGGCAGUGUAAAUUUAGCAUUGCCUGUCAGCAGGCUCUCCCUCUGUUGAGGAAAGUUUUUGGGCAGUGACAGAAAUGUGGUUUUGUAUCCGUGAAGUGUGCCUGGUCACCAUGCACUGCUGCUUUAAAGAUGCGUCAUCAGUGCCAGGAAAACAUCCGGGGUUGUGCUGUGAACUUCCCUGUGCUGAAUGUGACCUGCACUGAAAAGUGAGUGAGCUUGGCAGUUGCAGAAUCAGAACAUUUACUCAACAUAAAAGGGGGGCAUGAUUUGAAGGAAAUUCUUGUGGGUGCAAACUAGGGAUAAAAUUGUCUUUUAAUGCAGCACUAAGUACCAUUCGACACACAAUAGUCUAGGAGGUGAAAAUGUCACAGUGCAGCUGAAGGGAAUGAUUUCAGUUUGUGGCUUCAAGUCACAGUUGGUAGAAGGAGCUUUUGCUCUGGUUAAACUUGGGUUAUCCAUGACCUGUGAUGGGUUAAGGAAAUCUCAGCUGGAUGUAAAAAGUGGAGGAGUGUUUCGUACUCUGUGACCUCCCUCAACUUAAUGAGCUGGAAAGGGAAAGCUUAACAUGUUCAGUUUAACAUUCAGAGGAGGAGGAUCUAUAGAAGUAAAGUGUUUGGCAAACAUUGCUCACCUUAAAGAUGGGAGGGUUACAGUGUGAUGAAAAGCUUUAUACUUCUGUAUUUAAAUGCAGCUUUGUAAGAGUUAAUGGAUGGUUCAUGGCAGGAGUAUGAGAUGAGCUGGUGAAGUAUGUUGAAUCUGUGCACUCUAAUUAUAAUUAGUUAAGAGAAUUGUAAAACGUGCAAUUUUGGAACCUGGAUUUAAGGUACCCACCGUAUCCCAACGUUAGUGAAAACUACCAGCAGCCGCCGUUUGGUAACACUGCCCGGUCGGACUCUAAUUAUAAAGUGCAGAGGGUUCAGUAAAAUACUGUCUCCGGUGAAGUGAAUUUCGGUCUGCGUGUCAACAGCUGCCCUUUAUAAACUCGUUGCCAUUCUUAGUGAAGCAUUUAACUGCACCUCCCUCUCUCUUGCUGCAUGUAUUGUGAUCAGAAACAUUAAAGCAGGUUUUUAAAUUAAUGGAGUGACACACUUUUUGAACUUGUGGAGAUUUCGGACGUGUGCAAUCGGUAGUGAGUUGAGAAAGAUUCUGUCCCUUUUUUCCAGUUGUUAUGCGCACCAGUAACCCAGUGUUUUUCCACAACGUUUAAAAAAAGUUGCUAAAAGCAGAUUCUGAAUUUUUUUUAUUAUUCUCCAGCCAAGAUCUUUGAGGAUAGAAUUUUCCACUGAGUUUUCCCAAUCACCUGUCAUGACUUUGAUGGAAAGUCUGUAGAAACAGCCCUUUACAGGUUCUCCUCAGUUUCUGCUGGGCUACUAUUAAUGAUACAAUGGGAGUUUGGGAGAAAUUGUCAAUACGAGGUAUGUAUCUGUACUGUAAGUAACACAGCCCUGCACUUGGAAACUUCUUUUCACAAGCUCUAUUUAUUGUUCCCAUACUUUACAAAUAUUAGCCCCAUAAAUAUCCACCAAGAUAAGUUCUUUCCAAUUUGAAGCCUUUUUGAAUUUCUAAUGUUUGCUCCAUGUAAUUGGACAUGACCAUUGGAACACCCUUGAAGUUGAGAUAGAAGCUGUACCAAUCAAUUAGAUCAUGUCAUUGAUUCAUAAAUUCCUAUGAAAUAUGCCCCCACUAAAAGAAUAAAACAGUUGAGAAGUAUUAAAUUAUUAAAAUUGAUCAUAAAACUGAUAGUAAAUGAAGCAGAUUAUUGUAUCCCCAUGUGCUAUUCAUCCCUCAGGAAUUAGUCUCCUGUUUGUCCCCCAUGUCCUUGGGACACCCUAGAUCAAAAAUUGAACUGGCCUUUUAUUGCAAAAGAUUUAAUGUGUGCGUGUGCGUUUGUAUUUGUGCUGGGAGGUUUGCACAGUUUGUCAUCCACUGGUUCAGUUUGUCACAUGCUACAGUCACAGUGUAGAGCACUCAUGCAAAGAGGGAACCCACCAUAUGCUGUAAGUGCUGGGCGUGAACACAUUGAUCUGCCGGGGUUUAAUUGUUUUAUAGCUGGAAUUUUUUUUAAACGAUCAAGUACAUGGCUAAUGUGCUUUAUCUCACUUCUUGUUUUGGCAGGAUGUGUAAGUGAGUUUAUAUCUGCUGUGCCUUUGUGAAAUUACUGUAAGGAAUUUCAACUUGUAAUUUGGUUGGAUUUCUUAGUUUAUAGGCAUCUGAACUAUGCUGGAUUCAAGACAGCAGAAGCACUUUGUUUACAGGUGUGCAGCAUAAAUCCCCAGCUGGGCAAACACAGUCCACUCUGUACGCACAGUUUAGAUUAAAAUAACCCAGGGAAGUGAAAUGUUUUGGUUGGGGUGGGUGAGGUGAAAGCUUGUGGAGAAGAAUAGUAAUAGUGAUUGGCAAUCUGGUUUGGGUAGUUAAAUUGCAUGUAUAGUCAUAGAUUAUAUUCAAUCGCUGUGGCAGAAUCCAAAAGGGCUGGAGAUGGAACAAGAAGGUCUUAACUCAUCUCUUAUUGUAAUGGCUUUAAACUGAGGCUGCCUCCUCAGGGAAGAUGUAAAGGAUCUCAUCGGGCACUAUUUGGAAGAAGAGCAGAGAGUUCUCCCUGGUAUCCUGGCCAAUAUUUAUUUAUUCCACAACUGAUAUCACUAAAACAGAUGAUCUUGCCACUGUUGCAUUGCUGUUUGUGGGAGAUUGCUGUGCACAAAUUGGCUUAAAGUGCUUUGAGAUGCCCUGAGGUCAUGGAAGGCAAAACUCUUUUUUUCUGUCCUUUUUUUUUUUAUAUUUCAUCUAAUCUGUCUUCUGAUCAGAUUCCAAGAUCAAAUUGGGAGUUCUGGCUGCAGAAUCUGGGAGUCCUAGUCCCUAGAGAGGAAAGAUUUCAUCUCUUGUGACAAUUGUGAAACCAGUCAGCAGCAAUGUGUGUGGUGUGCAGUCAUGAUCUCGAGGUUUUCAUUUGCAUCAGGAAUAGUAGCUUGUCUGUUUGAUUAUUUCCACUGGGUUAGAAUGUCUGUUGCCCCCUCCAUCCCAAUACAGUGUGCUAGAAAAAAUAAAAGACAGGAUCUACUGAUCAGUCUGAAUAUUAAAAGGAGCUUUCUAUUGCUUUUUAUGUUCACUUGGCUGGCUGGACAAUAUAUUCAAAAACAAACAGAUCCAAUUUGCCAAAUUCCUACUUCCAAAAGUAUACUCCUCCAUAAAAGCAGAAAAUGCACAGCAUGUAUGCCAGAAUCUAAGAAGGUAUAUGGCUUAGAGAGAAGGUAUAUGGGUUAAUGUUUUAUUAAAUAUGGGGGUGUGUGGGUUCAUGUUUUAUUAAAUGUGGGUUAAUGUUUUGGAUGGGAACUCUCCUGAGUUGCAAAAGUUAUUGUUUCUCUUUCCUGCUAUGUAUUUCCUGUUUUGCAUGUGGACUUUUUUCCUCUUAAUCUCUACCCUGAGGUAUUUAUUUAUUUUUUGUGCAAAGGUGCCUUACAGAAACAGUAGACCAAUGGUAGGGGCUUGGGGAAAGGUGUCAGUCUGGAACAUGCAUGUGUCUUGGGCAGAAUUACAGCUGCAAACAAGCUCUCCUCAGGGCAGUACUUGCUGAGUUGGGAGAAGCUAUUUAGUUCUUUCCAUUGAAAUGAAAAUCUGCACAACUUCUAGAAUCCAGUAAUGCACUGUUACUUUCAUCAAGUUGCAUUUUUUUUUGUACCACUUUAUAUUCUAUAAUUUUGUUUAGCAGUCAAAAUCACUUUUGUAAAAGAACUUUUUGUAUUCUUUAUACUGUAUAAACUACUGAAAUUGGGCUCUUAAACGAUAGGGAAAUGUUAUUUAGCUUUUGGCUCUCUGUGGCAUAAACUGAAUGUAAAAUAUAAAAUUGUAGUUAAAUUGGCAACUGUUGCACUGGGAAUGUCUCAUAUAUAAUUAACUGGCAACUUGCUGCAAAGUGCCUUUUUGAAGUGAUAUUGGGGUCAUACAGACUAUUGACAUUAUUUCAGCAUUCAAGUUGAGGGGACUCUGGGUGUGAAGUCAAGUCUGCUUGCCAGCUACUGGCUGAAAGCCCACCACCACUCUACUGGUGAUGUGCAGGACUGUGACUGGCAAGGCACUUCGAAUAGAUCACAUGGACAGUCACAGCAGCACAUGCAUGUCCCCACUGCACUCUGUUGCGUGUACAGCACCACAGUGCAGUUCAUAUUAAUUUUUCAAUUGCAUGAGGAUUCCACAGUAAGGAUUUCAACUACACCAGACUCAAAUGAACAUUUUUUCCUCUGCCUUAAUAUUUAUGCAUUGCUAAGUUGAAGUAAAAAUUGUUGAACAGCUGCCUGCAAAUUCAAUUAAUGCUGACGCUAACAAAAUUAGCUUUUAUUUAAAAAAAGAGAAUUUCUUCAGUUAUUUCUCAUUCUUAAAUACUUAGGAUCCCCAAUGCUACACCCAGAGCCGAGCUCCAGUUGUAUGGUUUAAGCUAAUGGUGAGCAACCACAUUGUGUUCAGUCUAGAGUCAUUGCUCUACACAAAUAUAUCUUUGUAUGUGACUUGUUAUUAUAACAGUUGAAGAGUGCCAAGUGGUGAAAGUCCAUUUGACUUAGUUUCUGGGGAAGUGUUGUGGCUUAUUUCCUUCAUUUUAUUCUGUAAUUAGAGGGCUAUGUGUUUUUUCUUAGAUGUAUGAGAUAGGCCUGAGUUCCCACUUCUGAUCACUAUCCAGUAAGCCCUACCAUGCUGCUGAUAAAGUAUGGUUUCUGAGGAGAGAUCAGGCUUAUCUGUGAUGUCCUCAGAAUAACAUAAAAACCUGUGGAAUGACACUCAGCAGGAGCUCGUGCCUUCAUGAGAGGUGGAAGAAAAAAUAUUUUUCUUUUAAUUCACAAUGAUAGAAGAACAUUGUAUUUUAAUGUGUUAUUUAGUUGCUGAGGUGAUUGGGGGUGGGGGGAAGGGGAGUGGUCAGCAAAAGGGUGGUGUUUAAUAAAGAAUGAUCUUUAUUUCAAAAUCACAGGGACUGUACAUCUAACAAUGUAUCUGAACCAAAGAUUUCAUUUACUACAGCUGAUGUUGGAGAAACUGGUUGGCUCUCCUGCUGUGCCUUCAAGACUUGUUGUCAUUAAUGUUGAGGGUAUUGAAGUUGACAUAGCCAUUUAUCAUUGUCUGUAACUGGUCUUUGGACUGAAGCUUUUUCAAAACAUAAAGGAAUGGUUAUUGUUCAUCGUGCUCAAUCCACUGUACAAAUAAACACUUUUUUUGAAAGUA